CAUCACACCCAGCGCCACCAUGCUGGCCUCAGGGCUGCUUCUUGUGGCUUUGCUGGCCUGCCUGACUGCAAUGGUCUUGAUGUCUGUCUGGCGGCAGAGGAAGUUCCAGGGGAAACUGCCUCCCGGACCCAUCCCUUUGCCCUUCAUCGGGAACUACCUGCAGCUGAACACCCAGCAGAUGUACAACUCCCUCAUGAAGAUGCGCGAGCGCUACGGCCCUGUGUUCACCGUGCACCUGGGGCCCCGGCGGAUCGUGGUGCUGUGUGGAUAUGACGCUGUGAAGGAGGCCCUGGUGGACCAGGCUGAGGAAUUCAGUGGGCGAGGAGAGCAGGCUACCUUCGACUGGCUCUUCAAAGGCUAUGGCGUGGCUUUCAGCAACGGGGAGCGCGCCAAGCAGCUCAGGCGCUUCUCCAUCACCACGCUGCGGGACUUCGGCGUGGGCAAGCGCGGCAUCGAGGAGCGCAUCCAGGAGGAGGCGGGCUUCCUCAUCCAGGCCUUCAGGGGCACGCGCGGUACCUUCAUAGAUCCCACGUUCUUCCUGAGUCGAACCGUCUGCAAUGUCAUCAGCUCCAUCGUCUUCGGGGACCGCUUUGACUACGAGGACAAAGAGUUCCUGUCACUGCUGCAGAUGAUGCUGGGAAGCUUCCAGUUCACAGCUACGUCUACCGGGCAGCUCUAUGACAUGUUCUACUCAGUGAUGAAACACCUGCCAGGGCCACAGCAACAGGCAUUUAAAGAGCUUCAGGGCCUCGAGGACUUCGUAGCCAAGAAGGUGGCACAGAACCAACGCACGCUGGAUCCCAACUCCCCGAGGGACUUCAUCGACUCCUUCCUCAUCCGCAUGCAGGAGGAGAAAAAGAAUCCCAACACAGAGUUCUGCUGCAAGAACCUGGUGCUGACCACACUGAACCUCUUCUUUGCGGGCACCGAGACCGUCAGCACGACCCUGCGAUACGGCUUCCUGCUGCUCAUGAAGCACCCAGAUGUGGAGGCCAAAAUCCACGAGGAGAUUGACCGCGUGAUUGGCAAGAACCGGCAGCCCAAGUUCGAGGACCGAGCCAAGAUGCCCUACACAGAGGCCGUGAUACAUGAGAUCCAGAGAUUUGGAGACAUGAUUCCCAUGGGCGUGGCCCGCAGAGUCACCAAGGAUACCAAGUUUCGAGACUUCUUCAUUCCCAAGGGCACCGAAGUGUUCCCUAUGCUGGGCUCUGUGCUGAGAGACCCCAAGUUCUUCUCCAACCCCCGAGAUUUCAACCCCCAGCACUUCCUGGAUGAGCAGGGGCAGUUUAAGAAGAGUGAUGCUUUUGUGCCCUUCUCCAUCGGAAAGCGGUACUGUUUUGGAGAAGGCCUGGCUAGAAUGGAGCUCUUUCUCUUCCUCACCACCAUCCUGCAGAACUUCCACCUCAAGUCCCCACAGUCACCCCAGGAUAUCGACGUGUCCCCCAAACACGUGGGCUUUGCCACCAUCCCACCAAACUACACCAUGAGCUUCCUGCCCUGCUGAGCCAGGGCUGUGCCAGGGCAGGGCUGGUGGGUGGGGCAAAUGGGGAGGGAGGGGCCUGGGCAGGGUUAGGGGAGGGACUGGGCUAAGGAUGGGAGUUGGUGGACAGGGAGAAAGGAAGGGGCAAGGUGGAUAGGAGAGGAAGAAGAAACAGAACAGACUCUCUUCCCCUUGCUAGAGGUGGGAUGAGAGGAAAAGAGACCUUAUACUCUAAUUUGUAUAGGAAUAAUAACAGAUGUGAUUUACUGAGCAACUCCACUGUGUCAGCUCUAUU